UAAACUGUAUAAAUAGGAACGGGACAGUGGCAAAGAAGCAAGUGCAAGUAGGAAGCAAGCAACAGAACAACAUCAGGAGUUGCUUUCUGGUAGGAACAAUUGUUAAAGAUAACUGUACUACACCAAGUAUAUCAACAUGAAAUUCGUCGCUCUCUUAUUCGUCUGCCUUUUGGUGACAGUUUUGGCCAAGCCGCAAAGCUCCGAGAAUGGAGGUAAGAAAGGAAGCGCCCAGGUUGGACUCUCCUCUCACGAAUCUAGCCAGGAAUCCGGUGACAAGAGCAAGCGAAGCAGCGAGCAGAGCGGAGAGGACGGAAAGAAGGGCAAACUAGCCAAUAGACAUGGAGAAGAAGAAAGCGAAGAAGACUGCGACGACGAAGGAGACGAUGACAGUGACGAAAGUAGCAGCGGAAGCAGCAGCAGCAGCAGCGAAGAAGGCAGUGGAAGUGGCUCUGGAAGCUCUGAAUCAGACGAACAUAGGCGCAAGAGGGCCGCAGAAAGCUCCCCCAGUAACGCUGCAGCAGCUGCGUCCAACCCCGUUGAUCGUCAGUGACGUCCUCAAGAUCGUAGGCUCUCUUCUGAAAUUGAUAGUAGAUAUACUGACUCCGAUAAUAAAUUUGACCAA